AUGUCUUUAACAACAGAGCGAUCUCCACCUUCUUUUUGGCUGCACUUUAUGGCUGGUGGCAUUGGCGGAACUAUUGGUGCAGCAGUUACAUGUCCCUUGGAAGUCGUCAAGACUCGGCUACAGUCGUCACUUUACCGAGGCACUGAGAUUUCUAUGCAUUUUAAAAACCCAGUAGCAGGUGCAAUGCAUCAUGUUCGAGGUGUAGUCAAUUUGUUGAGUUCUAUUCAUCAAAAAGAAGGCAUUCGUGCACUGUGGAAAGGACUUGGUCCCAAUCUAAUUGGUGUGGUUCCUGCUAGAGCAAUUUACUUUUCAGUAUACAGUCAAGGCAAGCAUGUGUAUAGUGAUUUGAACCGCGGAAAAGAAACUUCGCUAGUUCAUGUUUUAUCUGCAGCUACAGCUGGUUUGGCAACAGCAACAGUCACCAAUCCAAUUUGGCUUAUAAAAACUCGAAUGCAAUUGCAAUCAGAAGAUCCAACAUUAAGAUCUCUACAAACAUACAAAAAUUCAUUCCAUUGUGCAUACAUAGUUGCUAGAGACGAAGGCAUUCGUGGUUUAUAUAGAGGUCUAUCUGCCAGUGUUCUCGGAUUGGCCGAAUCAACUUUCCAAUUUGUCAUGUACGAGUAUUUCAAAAAAAUUGCACUCGAGCGUAAAAAAGAAACUGCUAGAUUAGCAGGGCUUCCUACUAAUGAUAUUCAUCUUGAUUGGACAGGAACGUUUGGUGUCGCUGCAUCGGCAAAACUUAUUGCAGCUGUUUGCACAUAUCCACACGAGGUGAUCCGUACUCGAAUGCGACAAACUCCCGUAGACGGAGUCAUCAAAUACAUUGGGCUUAUUCAAACAGCCAAAGUAAUAUUCAGAGAAGAAGGUAUUGCUGCUUUGUACGGUGGCAUGACAGCACACUUGAUGCGUGUUGUUCCCAAUGCAGCCAUUCUAUUUUUUUGCUACGAGUCCAUCAUCAAGUUUGCCACUCCUCACUUUUCUCAAUAAUAAAAUCCACCCUC